AUGGUCUUGCAAUGGUGUUGUCUGUGUACUGGCAGCCUACUAUGGUACAAAACUCACACUCCGUAUCCCCAAAACUUGAGAAACCUCCAUCCUGAAUGCAACCACUCCCACCCUGCCAGAAAGCAUUUGGCACCAUCUGCAAGGUGUUGCCACAGUGGCGGACUCACCCUGAUGGCCAUUUUAAAACCAUUUGACAAUGCAGCCUAUUUGAUUGGCAAUGGAGCUGUUGUAUUCUGCAUCCUCAUGUUUGCAGGUCCCUUGGGCGUGAUUAGAUUGGUUUUGCAGACCAAAUCCGCCAAAACGCCCCCCUUGCCCUUCACUGUCCUCGCUCGUGUGAAUUGCUUCCUGUGGACCAUUGUUGGUUGGUUCAAGUUGAUGCCUGCGAGUACCUGCUGA